GUCUCCAUCUUCGAGCUCCAAGAUAUUGAUAUCACUUUCCCAGAAGGACGCCUGACUGUGGUUACUGGGCCAACAGCUAGUGGCAAAACUGCCUUAUUAUUGGCCCAGUUGGGAGAAAUGACGAUGCUCAAUGCUCCUGCAGGGUCUUCUACCGCUGAAGACCCCAGAGUUAUAUUACCCAAAUACCCUUAUGCGCCUCCGGAUCAGUACGGCUACCGUGCUUGCGUCUCUUACGCUGCUCAGGCACCCUGGUUGGAACAUUUGACCAUUCGCGAUAAUAUCCUCUUCGGUGAACCGUUUGACAGUGAAAGAUACUGGACCGUGAUUGAGAGUUGCGCUCUCAAAGCAGAUUUGGAGAUGCUAGAAGAUGGAGACCUGACCGAGAUCGGAGAGAGAGGUAUCUCGUUGUCUGGAGGUCAAAAAGCUAGAGUGGCAUUGGCAAGAGCAGUUUAUGCUUAUAGCAAAAUUGUGUUACUCGAUGACCCUUUGAGUGCGGUGGACAGUCAUACUGCUCGAUUUCUUUACGAGAGAUUACUUCGAGGACCUCUGCUAGCCAAUCGUACAGUCGUUCUGGUGACGCAUCAUGUUGAAUUGGUGUUACCAGCCGCCCACUACUUUGUACAAAUGCAAGAUGGACGUAUCGAUUUCCAAGGAACCGUCCAAGAUCUCCAAGAGCAAGGGAUUCUGGAAGAUGUCACAGUCGAAUUGGUUUCAGAGGAUUUGAAUCCGCCACCUUUUGAUGACGAUGAUGACAUGACAGAGUCUGUUGAGUCGGAGCCUCGCAAAACAAAACAACCUGAAGCUAUCCCUGGACCUGACUUGAAGUGGAUUGCUGAACAGCAAGAGAAAGAAAAGAACCGCAAGAAACCAAAACAUCUAAUAGCAGCGGAGAGCCGGGAGACUGGGAUCAUCAAUAGCGGCUACUUUACUUGGGUCAUUAUCCUUGCUCUGAUUGCUGUUGCGCAAUUGUUUGGUUUCUUCGAGAAGGCAUAUAACGAUGUUGACACAGCUGUGAAAGCUUCUAGAAUCUGGCAAUAUCCUCGAUACAGUAGUAUCCAUUCACAAGCGAGUGAUGUUUUUGCUCAGCACGACCAUAUUCAGCUUGCAUUCGUGAAUACUCCUCUGAGUGCGACUUCUGCUGCCCUACCUCCAGCAAAUCGGCAUCCCUUGUUUUACGUCAUGAUAUAUGCGGUCAUAGGCUUUGGCGGAGUAUUCAUUACAUCUAUCAAUACUAUAGUGCAGUACGAUAGGGCGUAUACUCAACCGGCUAUCACGGGAUAUGGAGGUUUUGGACUCCUCUUUAUCAAAUUCUCUCAGGGCCGUUAUAUUCCGACUAGCGACCUUUAUCGCUUCUAUAUUCACCGUUGCAUACGUCUUCCCCGAGUUCUUAAUCCCAGCAGCCAUCAUAUCAUAUUUCUAUUACGCGAUUUCUCAAGUUUUGCGGAAACACUUGAAGGGAUAGUAACAGUCAGAGCAUUCGGGUCAGAGAGGAGAUUCUUAGAAGUCCUGAUGAAACGAAUCGACCUUGCAACAAAGGCAAUUCUCACAGAUUUAAAAGUGAUGAACCGCUGGCUAUUGUUAAGGUUUGACGCGUUGGGUGCACUUAGUAUCUUUAUCAUCACACUCUUCGCACUCUCUGGAUACAUUUCAGCAGGAUGGGCCGGUAUAACCAUUACAAGUGCUAUGCAGUUCACCAUUUCAGUCUACUGGACCUGUAGACUCGCCACCCAACUGGAAUUAGAUCUCAACUCCGUGGAACGUAUCGUAGAAUAUUUGGAUCUUCCACAGGAGCCUCCCGCUGUUCUAGAGGGAAAAGCUGUUCCAGCAUACUGGCCUUCAACGACAUCCCAUAGUGAUCAGGGACCAAAUGAGAGUGGGAAUAGAUAUGGCCAACCACUCGCAAAGACGUUUAUCAAUGUAGAAGAUCUAGUGAUCCGAUACUCACCAGAACUGCCACCCGUUUUGCAUGGUGUUUCCUUCACAGUGCAAGCAGGUGAAAAAAUUGGUCUUUUGGGACGUACAGGCAGCGGUAAAUCUACGCUAGAAUUGUGCGUGGACGUGCUAUUAGAUAUUAGAAGAGGGCUAACAUAUACUAGACCAUUAUACCCCAGGACUCCAUCCUUUUCUCAGGGACCCUACGAGCCAGAUACGCUAGGCGGAGACUUAAACAGGCAUUCUAAUCGUUUACAACCCUCGGAUACCAUGUUGGCUCCGCGCGCCAUCCACACUGGCGGUUCAAUCAGUCCAAUCCAACCUUCUGAUACACUCCUCUUCGAAUUCGGUAUUCCACGUCAAGCCACAGUAGAAGCAGAUGUAGUGGGAUUCCGAUUUGGUGGAGGUAAUUUUGACUCCGAAAUUGGCUCUCCGACGGGGACCCAAACUCCUGCACGACAGUCUCAUGGGUUACUAAGAGGUAUAAGGCAGAUUCAUGGGGGUCUAUCAGCAGGUGGGGAAACCCCUGCAGAUGCUUUAAAUGGAGAUACGCAACAGUCUGAUGGAACAGGCCGUACAUCAGCGACCGAGGGUACUAUCAGAGCCCAAGGCCAACGAUACUCCAGAGCGCAAACAGGAACAACAAGUCGUUCAGACAACGUUGAAACAUCGCUACUCACAUUGGACACUCGUGUUGCUAGCGGAGGUGCUAAUUUCUCGAGUGGCCAGAGACAAUUGAUAUCAUUAGCUCGGGCCCUUCUUCGUCAUAAUACGAUAGUUAUUUUGGACGAGGCUACCUCUAGCAUCGACUUUGACACUGACGCUAAAAUUCAAGCCACAGUCCGCGAAGAGUUCAGGUCAUCCUGCUUGAUCACCAUUGCCCAUCGCAUACGCACAAUUGUUCUGGAUAAAGGGCGUAUAGCCGAGAUUGAUACUCCUUGGAACCUAAUUCAAAAGGAAGGGGGCAUCUUUAGAGACAUGUGCUUGAAGAGUGGUCAAAUGCGAGAGUUGGAAACCAUGGCGAGAGCAAAAAAUACGACGAAGGGUUCAAGAUGA